AUGUACCAUUUCGCUGGCCUUCGUAUCUUAUACAGUUGGCAUUUAAAACCUCUUAUCGUCUUACAUUCUGAUCGCUUUGUCUUAAGCAUGCUCUUUAUUUAUCCUUCUAUAGAUAGUGGGAUUGCAGAUCUGCCAUGGAUUUUGACUGAUAUUAUCGAGAAGCAUAAGGAUUUUGUCUAUGACUUGAAUGGUGCUGCCGUAACAGGAGACCAAGGCGUCGAGAACUUCUCCAAUAAUGUUUCUGUUGUCGAAUACUACAAUGUGUUUAUAUCAAAUCAUUGCCACAUGGGAUAUGAUUUAGCUACGGCUAAAGUCUGCUUUGGCGGAAGAAUUACUACAGUAACUAAUUUCACUGAAAUCUUGCUAAGCAGAAUACCAACAACUGUAAAAGAAUAUCUCACCAAGAACAAACACACCUUUUUACAGUAA